AUUGGCGACGGGUCGAGCGAGUCAAGUGAUCAAAAAAUGGCAUCCGCGACAUCGUCGCACAAUGAGAUUUCACAGCAAUGUUCGGUUAAUAAACUAAUCCGCGUCGGUUACUACGAAUUGGAGAAAACCAUCGGCAAAGGAAACUUUGCCGUUGUCAAAAUGGCCACCCACGUUGUCACAAAAUCUAAGGUGGCCAUCAAAAUAAUAGACAAAACGAAAUUGAACGAAGAAAAUCUAGCAAAAAUCUUUCGCGAGGUGCACAUAAUGAAGAGGCUUCGGCAUCGACACAUCAUACGACUGUAUCAAGUUAUGGAAACAGAAAGAAUGAUAUACCUGGUAACAGAAUAUGCUGCUGGAGGGGAAAUAUUUGACUAUGUAGUUAGGAAUGGAAAAAUGUCCGAACCAGAGGCGAGACGUGUUUUUCGUCAGAUUGUUCAUGCUGUGUGUUACCUUCAUCAACAGAAAGUCGUUCAUCGAGAUCUUAAGGCUGAGAAUUUGCUACUUGACGCAGACAAUAACAUAAAGUUGGCCGACUUUGGGUUCAGCAAUGAAUAUACGCCUGGUGUACCCCUUGGCACGUGGUGUGGUUCUCCUCCGUACGCUGCACCUGAAAUAUUCAAAGGAGCGCCUUACGACGGGCCUAGAGCAGAUGUAUGGAGCCUUGGUGUAGUAUUGUACGUGUUAGUUUGUGGUGCCCUGCCAUUUGAUGGGCCUACAAUGCAGUCGCUACGCUCUGUGGUGAUCUCGGGGAAAUUUAGGAUACCUUAUUUCAUGUCUGCAGAGUGCGAACGACUAAUUAGACACAUGCUUGUUGUGGAAGCAGAACGACGACUAAGUAUGACACAAAUCUUGACCCAUCGCUGGAUGGUUGGAGAUGGCCUGACAGAGCCUGAGCCAGGAGGGUACAGUGCCGAGCCACCACCUCCGCCACAACUUAAUCAAUUAGUUUUGGAACAUAUGCUCAGGCUACCUGGUCUCAGUCCGGACACGGUAUUACAAGCCGUGCAAGGUAAUGCUUUUGACCAUGUUUCGGCUAUAUAUAACUUGCUGGCUGAUCAGCUUGAGCCAAGUAUGCCCAGCAUUCCCAGCAUACAAAGUAUACCCGGGGACUACAUGCCUGACGGUGCUCAUCAACUGGAAAAGUUUGGCGAAGCCGAAGCGGAAACAGAGGAACGUAGUGGCCUUCAUUUGCCUUCUGGGACCCCUUAUCAUGCAACCAGGAGACACACAGUCGGUCCUGGGGAUGCUUCGCAUCAGCCACCAACACCCUAUCCAUACACUUGUACCUAUAUACAGGGAUACCCACCCCUUCCCCUAUUGCCAACCUUGCAGUCUAAUGUUGACCCCCAUUUGCUGCCUCACACUAAUCUUCCACUAAACCUCCCUCUUGUUCAGCAUCAACCUCCUCAAAACUUCCAAACCAAAGACCAGCAUCUUCUCAAACCACCGACCGUUAUGGGAGCAACAGGUGGUUUUGGAAGGAGAGCCUCCGACGGGGGAGCUAAUCUCCACAUGUUCUAUCAACAACAACACUGUACAACCACUGGAAACAGUGACGAUGUUGGAUGGAGUCAACCUGGUAGCAGAGAGCGUUUGCAGCCUUUGCAGGCUGGCAGUCCGACGAUGGUACCUUGCUCACAGCCACUAAGUGUAGGGGUUGGUGGUGGCAGUGGCGAAGGUGUAGGCGGUGGUGGUGGAGGUGGAGGUGGAGGAACUGAUAGACGAAGGCGCAGCGGUGUAACUGCAGUUAUGCAACGACCAGUUAUAACUCCGGAACUGGUCAUGGAGGUGGAAGCUAGGAUGAAUAGAGCGUAUCUCCCGCCAAGUCUGCUGCCGUCUCACCUUAGAACACCUACGCACCCUCAACACAGGAAAACCUCCUUGUUCUUCCCUAAUGCUGCGGGUAGUAGGGAUUCGUAUAAAGAGCCAAGCACGCACGUAACUUCGGAGCGUUAUUCUCCAGUACGCCGUGCAUCAGAAGGAUCGGGACCUCCAGGCCCAGGCAUUCAGGCACUUCAGCACGAGUAUCAACAGCUGCAGAGACUGGCGUCACCUUCACAUAGUCCUGCUAGUAUCCCUGGAAGUCCCGUUCACGAGAGAGGAGUGGCUGCCAUAACUCAAGGUCUGAGUGGUCUGAGUACCGCCCCUGUAGCUGGCAGUAUAGUGCAUGGUACACCGGCGCAGCCUCCAGCUGCGCCACUGGACUUAAGCCCACUUAGACUCCAUAGAUCUCCAGCGACAACACCAGUCAGUUAUUCUCCUAGUAAUAGCCCAGCGUUAGAUAUGAUACAGGAAGAGCAUCCUAUUGACGUAACAAGAAUACCACCGCCUCAAAUAUCCGUAACAGACGUUCUUGGCGAUCAGGUAACUUUGGUCGAUGGUUCCCCCUCUCCUUCUCCAUCUCCGGAUUCGCUAGAGGAUGCUUUGCCUCAUUACAAACCACUUCCAAGCUUCAUUAUAUCGGAACCAUGCGAUCCGUCGAGGCCGAGUAUAACGAGAGGUAUUGGUAGACCCUUGAAUGUCGCUAUACCAACGGAAGUUGAGGUGACAUUGUCUAAUGAAUCGAGUAGGUUGAAUUCAGAUGCAAUUUUAGGUCGAGUUAAGCAAAUUAUCGAUGCAUGUGCGCCUCCUAAGGGUUUUAUAUUCUCGAGAGAAGAAGUUGAAGGUGGAGGGCUUAGCUUAGAGUAUCCGGGUGGCGUGCAAAUUGAACUUAGGGUAUGUGAAUCUGAAGAGAAAGAGGUCAAAGGGAUAAAAAUGCGACGAAUUAGUGGGGACCAACUCCAGUACAGUCAACUUUGUCAACAGUUGAUAUCCUGCAUCACUGUUUGACGAUGUCUUGCGUGUAACCAAAUCUUUCAUCUUUUUUUAAAUUUUUACUAAGUUACAUUACAUUAAGUUACAUUACAUUCCUGGUGCCACAUACACCGCACGUCACAGUAUUGCACACGCAUGCUACCAUACGCAUACAUAUGGUACGUUUUAGAUUAUACUGUUUCAUAUUAUUGUUAUAUUCGUACAUGAUACAUUUAGUAGAUUUAAUAGUUUAAUACAUUUUUUAAUACAAUUGUACAUGAAUACUGCACUGUAAUAAUACAGGAAUGGAGAAAACUGGCUAGUCAUGAUUUACAAAACGAAUUAAAAAAUAAAUGAAAAUGAAAGAUGUAAAAAAAGUCUAUAUAAUAAGGGUCGGAUUGAGUAGUCAAUUAUGUCGAGGGAAUAGCGAUUGUCGUUAUCUUGCUGUAUGUAGUUGAGUUGUAUGUAGGUCAGUUUCAUUUUUUUCAUAAUUCCCAUAUUCGCAAAAAUUUUAACGUGAUCUCUUGUAAUUCAUACAGGAAUGUUAAAUAUAGAAUUUUAUUCAUAUUUGUGCAAAACUCUAAAAAAUAUUAUUUAGGCCUAUUUCUGACAUUGCAUAGCAAAUCAGAUGCACUACCUGGAUUGGACUUCAAAGUAUUUUUUUUCCGCAAACAAAAUAUGUUUUCACAUCGUGGAUAUACAUCAGUAUGUCUGGUUUUUUUUUUUUUUUUUAAUUACAUUUUGGGUUAACGCUUUGAUAUCAUUCAUAUUUAUGCAGCAGUGGUUGAAUAAUAUAGUAUCUGUAAACUUUCAUUCCCAAGCUGAGUAGUGCAACAAACCGUCUUCCGGAAACAAAAUAUCUGGUUUUUUGCAAUGAAUAUUUUGUGUUCUGCCUGACGUGGAUCGGUCAUAAAGUAAAAUUCAAUUUUUUAUAAAUUAUUUGUAUUUGAGAUUUAAAAUUCUAUUACGAAGAUGUCUUGUGGGCAAAAAUUGUCGUCUAACUAGCUAUCUACUUCCAGAAAUUCGAAUAUAAUAAAACAAUUGAGAUAAAUGAAGUUUAGUGUUACAUUACCCGUAUUACUACAGUUUGUACCGCAGUAUUUCAUUUAACUUUUAUUUAUAAUCGACUUCUUGAAAAUAUGUAUACAAGGUGACCCAAGACUAUCACCCCUUGGGCUAUCAAUGUGUUCCUCAUGACAAUCUGCGACUGAAAGGUUUUUUAUUUUUGUUAGGAAAUUUGUCAUUUCAAAUUGCCCAGUCUGGUGAUAUCUGAUGAUUCAGCUGCUGAGCACAUGAUGAUCAAAUUACCAUUCGCAAGCCCUGUUCUGAGCCAUUGAAUGCUCUACCGGAUUAACCAAUUUCAAACGGUUCUAUUUCGCAAACAAUAAAUUUACUUUGAAAAAAAUAGAAAACGUUUCAGUCACAGAUUUUCAUGAUGAUUACAUUGGUAGUUUGUGGUGCGAUAGCCCUGGGGCACCCAGUGUAUGUAUAUAUAUAAAAAAUCAUAUCGUCAUGUUACUGUGAAUAGCUAAUGUAGUUAUAAAUAUUUGACACCACUCAAAAACUGUUUGCAACAUCCGCCGUAGGUAAGAAAUACAUGGUCCAAUCAAUUUUGCUGACAAAUUAUACUAAACUGCUUCCACCAAUGUACGCGAACGAACAUCAAAUGAGACUUGCAACAUUAACGUUUGGUUUAGUUUGUAAAAUGUCCAAUUUUGAAAUAAUUUUACGAUAAAAAAUGGUAAAAAUUGAAUAUGACCAAAUCUUCUGACAUUCAGGUGAUAUCAAGUGUUCAGUUUUUAUGAAACCGUUUUAUCAAUCAAACAGUUGAUGAAAAAAAUGUUACAUCGAGAAGCGUUAGUUGUUGUCACGAAACUCUGAAGUUGCAUAAAUAGGAUUCAUUUAUGUAGUAAACAAAAGAGUGGUUCUAUAUGAAAGAAAAAAAAACUCCAUGUACAGAUGUCAUAAUCGUCUGUCGUAAAAGAGUAAAAGAUAAAGGAGAAGAGAAUUGAAAAGGAUAUAAAAACUCUAAUCGCAUUCAUUUGCGGU